GGGAGGUAGUUUAACACGAUAAUAUACAAACAGAAAAUCAAUUUUUAUUUAGACAGAAAGAGCAGCUAAGAGCAAAAUUAUUGUGGGACAGCGGGUAAGUAAUGGGCAUUUUAGAUGAACUCCGAGCAGCCGCCGGCAAACUUUUGAACCGGAAAGUUCAACAGAAAUCGUCAAACGCAUGCGCAUUAGAAGGCAAGUACAGUGCCGGUAUUACAUCGGCCGUUUCCAAAAUCGACGGUUCCGUCAAAUAUGACGGCGCUCAAAAGACGGAUGAUUACGUUUUUUACCCUGACGGCCGUGAAAAGAUCGGCCGAAUUCUCUCAAAGCUCACGAAAUUUGCCGUCGUCUCUGCCGUUGACGAAUCUCUUAAAACCGUCGCUGUCAUUUCUGCAGGUGGCAGUAAAAUUAUCAAGGAGGGAUUGAAGGACCAAUCGCCUUCACGUCCUUCCACUAGAGCUGAGAAACAAGAUAUUUCUGUUAUGAUGGAGGAGAUGCAAGCGAAGAUGGAGAAAUUUCAGGAUGACAUGAAUAACACGAAGCAGCAAAAUGAGGUGUCAACUAAAGGUAUCACGGGGUUGGAUUCCUUUGAGUUCUCUGAUGAGCCUAUCAAGUGUUCAACGCCUUCAAAAUCUAAUAGAAAAAAGGUUUUCAUUCGCUCUCGGCUGUAGAAAGCAGGAUAUCUUGUCUUGGAAUCUGCAAUGUUCGUCUUUUGUAGUGUGGCAGUCCUGCUUCUGUAAAUUUUUUGUGCUUUCAAGCAAUCUAGUUGUAUAAUACACAAAUAAAUGUUAAAUACAAUAAGAAAAGGUUAAGCUGGUCUCUAUUGUCCAAGCUAGUGUCCUUUGUACCAAGUAAUUGGUAAAUCUUCA